UGGAGAAGUGUACAGGAACUUCCUUUUCCGGCUCACCCAGGGGAGGGGAAUGGUGUCGGCGGAGCGGCUUGUGCGGCGUGGAGGGUCGAAGCGGCUCCUGGGAGCAGAUAAGAGACGAGGAAGAGAAUAACAAGAACAAACUUUUGAGCUGGAAAAAAUAACCUAUGUGGAACUGAAGCAAACAUUACCUAAGACGUCAAGGAGGAGACUAUCAGAAUAAAGAAAAAGUGGAAAUAACUGGAAGUUAGUAGGACGGAAAAGGUUCCUUGGAGAGCCAAAAUGGUGAGACACAAUCUGGUGAGACACAAGAGGACUCACACAGGAGAGAAACCAUAUGAGUGUCUGUUUUGUGGGAGAAGUUUCAGUAAGAAUUCCAAUUUGGUGAAACACCAAAAAUUCACAUGGGAGAGAAACCAUAUGAGUGUCCGGAUUGUGGGAAAAGUUUCAGUCAGAAGGACAACCUGGUGAGCCAUCAGAGGACUCACACAGGAGAGAAACCAUAUAAGUGUUGUGAUUGUGGGAAAUGUUUCUCUCGGAAUUCUAGCCUGGUGGUACACCAGAGGACUCACAGGAGAGAAACCGUAUAAGUGUGAUUGUGGGAAAUGUUUCUCUCGGAAUUCUAGCCUGGUGGUACACCAGAGGACUCACACAGGAGAAAAACCGUAUGAAUGUCCAGAUUGUGGGAAAAGUUUCCAGGAGAAUUACAGCCUGGUGGAACAUCAGAGGACUCACACAGGAGAAACCAUAUAAGUGUUGUGAUUGUAGGAAAUGCUUCUCUCGGAAAUCUAGUCUGGUGAUACACCAGAGGAGUCACACCGGAGAGAAACCAUAUGAAUGUCCAGAUUGCGGGAAAUGUUUCUCUCGGAAUUCCCACCUGGUGGAUCAUCAGAGUACACACACAGGAGAGAUACCAUAUAAGUGUUGUGAUUGUGGGAAAGGUUUCUUUAAUAUUUCUAGCCUGGUGAGACAUCAGAGAACUCACACAGGAGAUAAACCAUAUGAGUGUUCAGAGUGUGGCAAAAGCUUUAAUCUGAAUUCCAUCCUGGUGAGACAUCGGAGGACUCACACCUUAGAAAAACCAUAUGAGUGUUUGGAUUGUGGGAAAAGUUUCAGUCGGAAUUCCAACCUGGUGAUACAUCAGAGGACUCACACAGGAGAGAAACCUUAUGAAUGUCCAGAUUGUGGGAAAGAUUUCAAUAGUAGGUCUAGCCUUAUAAAUCAUGUAAGGUUACACAUAGGGGAGUAACCAUUGAACUACCCAGAUUGCUGACAAUUAUUGUUUUGCACAAAAUGUCUCCUUGAUUACACAAGAAAUUGCAUUUGAGGCAAAACUUGAUGUUUGUAGAGGAAUCUUGAAUUUUGUUUCUUGUCUCGUUUGAAAGCCAGCUGAGCAAUUUACUGUAAUUUCUUGCGUGAUUCAUUUUAGGGAAACAGAUCUUAGUAUCAAACAUGAGGGAUAGGAUAGGGUGAUCUGUAUUAGUUAUGUUUGUCAUCUUACGUUAUUUCUACAUAAUAAAUGGGAAUAAACAUGUAAGUAUUUAUGUAUUUGUAUUCAGUAAGAAAAUUUAUCUGGCAGCCCAACUCAUAACACUCCAUAUGGUUUACAGCAAUAGAACCUUAUUACAGAAACCAAUACAUUCCAUAUGUGGAAGAUGACAAUUUGCAAAACCUCUGCAUUUACAUUGUACUUGCCCUGCAAAUACAGAUCACUUCUAGUAAAGUCAAUAGCAUUUUGAUGAUCUGGGAAUCCCAAAAGGUGAUUCUUGCUUUUGUUCAGUUUAGAUGUUAAACAGGCCACCUGGCCUUACUAAUUGUGUUCAUUCUUGCUCAAAACUGGUCAUCUUUCUCCUUGCAAGGAGUCAAAGUGGAGAAGUUAACCUCAGGAUUAGCGGCAUAUAAAUUUAAUAAAUAUAAACAGAAACCUGAUUCCAAAUGAAGUUUCUAGUGUGGAGGCAACUCUUCUUAUUUCAGGGCUUAGGGGAAAGCUAGAGUUUUCUUAUGUUACAGAAGACCAGGAGGAUAAAGGCUUGCCAAACUUAAUGGGGAAGGGUGUUUCAUAGGCAGGUGUGCAACGGAAAAAGGACACUUCCAAGCUCCCAUCAGAUGGCAAUAUUUAAAGCAAGGGUCUAGCAGCGUGUCCACCCUAUCUUACCUGAUAGAACAGAUGGCUGCAAAAAUAAUAAAGUGCAGUUAUAAUGACAGCUGUCUUGGUGGUGUGUGAUUAAAGUGCAGUGAUGCUGGCUGACUUUGCUCACAGCCUGGGAUUCGAUCCUGACGGUGCGAGGUUGAGUCAGUCUUGCAUCCCUCUGAGGUUAA